AUGCAGGAAAUGGCACAACCGGCGGCACCACCACCACAGUCCCAGCAACGAGAUGUUGAAGCACGUUUCCAGUCACCUUCUCAAGGUAUGCUUCAACCACGUGAACGAGGAUGUACCGAGCUGUUCUGUAUUGCAAUGUCCUAUAUUCUCAUCUUUUUGACAUUCCCAGUAUCUGUCUGCAUGUGCAUCAAGAUCGUCCAAGAAUACCAACGUGCCGUUGUCUUCCGUCUCGGUCGCCUCAUUCCUGAAGUGAAAGGACCUGGUAUCUUCUUCAUCAUCCCUUGCAUCGACCAGUUCCUCAACAUCGAUCUUCGUGUGGUCUCUUACAACGUUCCUUCACAAGAGAUUCUAUCUCGCGAUUCGGUUACCGUUUCUGUUGACGCAGUUGUCUACUUCAAGGUGUUCGACCCAAUCACAUCGGUCGUUGGAGUGGAGAAUGCCACCGAAUCCACCAAGCUGCUGGCGCAGACAACACUUCGUACAAUUCUCGGUACCCAUACCCUUUCUGAAAUUCUAUCCGAUCGUGAGAAAAUCUCGGCGGAUAUGAAAAUCUCGCUUGACGAGGCCACUGAGCCAUGGGGAAUCAAGGUUGAACGUGUGGAACUCCGUGAUGUUCGUCUUCCAAGCCAAAUGCAACGCGCUAUGGCCGCUGAGGCCGAGGCUACCCGUGAUGCAGGAGCAAAGAUUAUCGCUGCCGAAGGAGAAUUGAGAGCAUCUGCCGCUCUUGCCGAGGCCGCCACCGUCAUCUCCCAGAGCGAAGGGGCUAUGCAACUCCGUUAUCUUCACACUCUCAACGCCAUCAGCUCCGAGAAAACCAGCACAAUCAUCUUCCCAUUCCCAAUGGAAAUGCUCGCCGGAAUCAAGCAGAGUGCAAAUAACGGUCAGCAAAACUUUCCAGUUCAAGAAAUGCCACCGCAUCAUCCGGAGGAAGCCGAUUAUAACCUCGCGGAACGCCGCAAAAGCUACAAUUUCGUCAAAAAAAGUACCAAGGACCAACUCGAAGCAUUCUAA